AGCGAAGUUCUUGGCUCCAGAGAGAGUGAGAGAGCGGUAGCAAAUCUGAGAUGAAGGUGAUCCUCAGCCUCGCGGUUCUGGCGCUGUGCCGUGCUUGGGAGUGCCCGGCCGGCUAUGGGAAGUCCUCGCAGUGCCAAGAUGGUCUCUGCGACCUCCAGAAGCCGCUGAAGAUGCAGGAUGACUGCAAGGAAGGACUGGACGGUGAGGGCUGUACCUGCUGGCCCUGGGCCAAGUCGGGCCGGUUUCUUGCAGCCGACGGUGCCGAGGCCGGGCCCAAAUCCGAGGCGGCUGCAGCGCAGGGGGACGGCGAAUGCUUCCCCUGCAAGAACGCGUGCUGCCGGUCGUGGUUGUUCUGCCUCUUCGACCACUGCCUGGUGAACUGCGACCAGAGCUUUUGCCCUGCCUAAUUCAAACUGCCAAGGGCCCCUUAAAGUGAACGCUUGGACGGGGUUCUCAUCCACGUCUCUUGGGAGUGGGCGCCCUCUUUCAACCAUGGGUGUGCGCUUUUGUGAG